AUGGCAACUGCCCUGGCAUGGGGCAUGUCAUUCAACCAAAGACCAAAGAGGAAUAUAGGAAAGGAAGGGAAGAAAGGGCACGGGCAUCAACUUCGUCCGUCCGUCCAUCCAUCCAUCCACACACGACUUAUCCAUCCAUCUGGGGCUCCUUCUCGUUGGCGGUACCUACCAAACUCAACCUCUCUCGCUCGGUCGCUCGCUUUGUCUCCCGUCUAUCGUCCGUUUAAUCUACUCCAUUGGGUGUUGGCACUACCUUGUCUGGCCGGCAUUUCCGCCUCCCUCGUUGCUCGCUUGUGCCUCUUCCGUCGUUUAUCUCCUGGGCCCGUUACUGCAAGCCUCAUCCCGGCUUUCUGUUUGACAGGCCUGCAAACGCCAUCGUCAUAUCAGAUACCCAGAACUCUGCUUUUCUGCUCUCUACCUUGCCUCGCCUUGCCUGGCCUUGCAACUGCAACGACAAAUGCAACUGGCACAGACACCGACAAAAGGACAUUGACAUCUCUCCUCAUACUCUCCCCUUCCCGCAAAGUAUAA